AAACACCUGCAGAAUAAUCCUUUUUAGACUCUAACACUUUCUCCGAGACAUCCUGUAUAUUUGUAGAUGAAUUUGCCAAUGAAACGUACGAUAAUUGUAAUGAUGAUGUGUUUUGGAUAAUAAUGGUGAAGUUAUGCCUAAUAACGUAGUCAGUAAUCCAACGAUUCCAAGUCCUUUUGAAUUAAUAUUCAGCAACGGUGAUACUGAUUCACCAUUUUCCCCUAUCCUCCGUUCGAGUGGUAGCGUGAUAAAAGGAAUAGUUACAGUAAAAUCGAUCUGCGAUAAUUAGAAAAACAAAGAAUACGCGAACUGCGUUUAUGAACAUUUGAAAAAUAGUACGUCUUACGCUGAAUUGUUUUUCUCCUGAAUCGAAUGAGAUCAAUCCUCCGUUUGGAUGCUUUCCAAAUGUCUUAGCCUGACUCCUGGAACUCUUAUCCUUCGCAUCUUUCGAUUCGGAAGAUCGUGAUAAAGAACAGAGUAGCAACGAUAACGUGACUAAGCUUUUAAUCGAACUGUUCAUCGUGAAUAAUUUGUAUAAUAUUUGAAAUAAUAGAAUACAGUGAAUCGACUAAUUGGAACGAGCACAGACAGCAGUAUGACAGAUCCUCUAUCUGUUGCCAGUUUUUGUAGAGGGCACGGAGCCCACUCUCGACAAGGAAAUUCUGUUUCUACAAACGGAAUUAACGAACCUAACGAGUCCUGUUGAAAUUACUGCCUCUUCUGUCUGUUAUGCUGUUCACCGUCACGGCUGAAAAUUUGCCAGCAUUCCACGUUUCGUAAUUGCACUUGCACUCGUUCAUUUUCACCUGCAAACGUUUCGCAAACUUCUCUUAAGCGUCGUAAAUUCAUACUCGACACCACCUACACAGAACGGGUUCGUUCAACUGAUCUGCUCGCAAAUUGAGAAACACUGGGAACAAUUUUUAAUCUAUAUCUGCAUUCGUAUACGAGUCGUUUGUUGGUGCACGAGCCACCGACUUUCGUGAAUUUUCCAGGGCAACCUGCAGAACGAAUUCCUUGUCUAAAAAUCAAGAGGCACAGUUGCGAGACCGCGCAUGCCGUACGCCGUACGCUAUGCCAAUUUCACCAAGUUUCUACACUGACCGUUUUACGAAUAAAUCGAAUACUAUAAAUAAUAUAUUUUAUUCUUCUACGUACACAAAAUGAGACCAUUUGAUAAUAUAAAAAAUUUAUUCUAUCGUCGCGAUGCGAUCUUGUCGACGACUCGAUCGUCGACAUGAACAUUGAGAGAUAGCAAUAACAUGAGAUAAAGUAGAUAAUUUGUCAACACCAAGGAUUUAAGAUUAAGCGAGCGUUAAGAUUGCGAAAGAUAAAUGAUUUCAGGCUGUACCACGACAAUGCCGUCGCGAGUGAUUCGCGGCGACGACAGUUAAAGCCCCUCUGCUUCUUCAGGGGAGACGACCGAGUCACGCACCGUGAUAACGUCCCAUGAAAAUCUAACAAUGAAAGCGAAACCAGCUUCAAUUAUGUCCAUGGUUUGUCAUGUCACGGAGUAAGUGCACGGCUAUAUAUGCCAGGAGCCACGUCGGUGUCCUCCAGUUUAUUCAAAACACGACCGCGCGUCUCUUUUUCUCAACGUCUCAAGAUGACGCCAUAUUUAAAAAAUUUCAUUUUACUCCUGAUCUCUUCGGGAAUAGUCCGUGGCAGCCCAAAGUUUGAUGACGGAGGGUUCGUGCCGAGUUCCAUGAUUUAUUUGGAAAAGAGCGGAAAGUCUCAGGACCAGGUUGCUAUGCCGUCGCAAGUGGAAUUAAGGAGCGAAUCAUCGACGAAACGGGGUGAUACAGUUACAAACGAUAUAAUGGAUCGCGGCCAGGAACCUCGAUUCGGUUUUACGAAUCUGGGUACCACCGCAACUAGCGUCUAUAGNGUUUCGAGUUAUCCUCCAGCAAAAAUUGACUUGGGAGGUCUGAUCCUGGGCGCUAUUCUGGGAAUUGGUUCUAUCCUCAUUAUUCCUAAGCUGCUGUACGUCAUCUCUGGUAGUUACGGCCAUUACGCAAGAAGUGAGGACAGCGGUUUCACUCAAAUCAUGACUAGAAUGGACGACGUCCUGGCGAGACAUGGAAUCGACACGACGUCCUGCAUGCAACGCGCUGUGUGCACCUAUUCGCAACAAGCCGCGGCGUCUGUCAACGAGAAUAAAUUAAACGACGACGACGACAACGAGAAGGUUUCAUCAUUUGAUCGAGCGAUCAACACGAUUACAACGAAUCAGAUAUUCCGGACCGCGAUGGAGGGAACUGCGAUACAAGAAGCUGUGGAAACAGGGAGAGCCGGCAGAAAUUGUUCACGGACUUAUCCGCACUGCGGAUUCUCCAUGGAGACUAUGUUAUCUUUAUUAUCAAACGUAAUCGCUGCUGUUAAUACGGGAACUACGACUCCAACGGGAACUGGCACUUUGUAAAAAUUAUUAGUAUUAUUCUUUCCUUCUUUUUACUGGAAUUAUGGCUAAU